UUCGGGUAACAAUAAUAUUUGUGGAUAGAUGAGUAUUCUUUCUCAGUUUUUAUCAAUAAGUUGUAUUUUUAAAUAAUUUUUCUUAAAAACUGCUAUUUUUGAAAAGUUUUCAUUUUGUAGAGAAUGAGUAUUCUUUCUGAGUAUAAGUCUUGGUUAAAUCUCAUUCCCAUUGACUGUUUUUAACGAGUUUUUUGUUCACUGUUGUAGCAAAACCGGCAUUGGACUGGAACAUGAGGAAGAAGAUUGCGAUUGGAGCAGCAAGAGGUUUGACGUAUCUACACGAGCAAUGUGAUCCCAAGAUCAUUCACAGAGAUGUCAAAGCAGCUAAUAUACUCUUUGACGAGUGCUUUGAAGCUGUUGUUGGUGACUUUGGGCUUGCGAAGCUCCUCAACCACGAGGAUUCUCAUGUCUCGACCACGGUCCGUGGCACCGUUGGUCACAUUGCACCUGAAUAUCUUUCCACAGGUCAGUCUUCUGAGAAGACCGAUGUGUUUGGGUUUGGUAUACUCUUGCUUGAGCUCAUAACCGGAUUGAGAGCUCAGUUUGGUAAAACCGCUAGCCAGAAAGGAGUUAUGCUUGAAUGUGUAAGCAAUAAGACUCAUAAUCACACUUUCUUGAUUACAAUCAACUGAAUCAAACUUUGGUUUAGGUGAAGAAACUGCAUGAAGAAAUGAAGGUAGAGGAACUGGUGGACCGAGAACUAGGGACAAACUAUGAUAAGAGUGAAGUCGGAGAGAUGUCGCAAGUGGCUUUGCUAUGCACACAAUAUCUUCCAGCUCAUCGUCCUAAAAUGUUUGAAGUGGUUUUGAUGCUGGAAGGAGAUGGUUUAGCUGAGAGAUGGGCUGCUUCGCAUAACCAUUCACAUUUCUACCAUGCCAAUAUCUCUUUCAAGACAAUCUCAUCUUUGUCUACUACUUCUGUGCCAAGGCUUAAUGAAGCACAUUGCAAUGAUCCAACUUACCAAAUGUUUGGGUCUUCGGCUUUCGACAAUGAUGAUGCUGAUCAACAGCCUUUAGAUUUGCUAGCCAUGGAACUAUCGGGUCUAAGAUAACACACAGAUAGAAAGAUAUCAUCUUUCUAUCAAACUACCCAAGGAAGAAGCUCUACACUUAUUAGAAUAUAGACAUGUAUGAUAAAAUUUCUCCACAGUUUGAGAUUCUGUGGCGAUGUAUGUAUAUAUUUUGCUUUAACGGUAAUGAUGACAAAUGAAGAAAUAUAUGAGACUGAUUUGUUUGACUCUUCUUUUGACUAGAAUCUGUUUUGCUCUCUCUCAAAUGUAUCAUUACUCAUUUGAAGGAUGAGAAGUUUGCUCUUUUUGUUGUUACCCGAAGCUGGUCGUUGUCCUCAAAUAAGAACAUCUCCAGAUGUAAACAUCAUUUUUUCUUUAAAAUUUGACUUAAAAAAAUGAAAGGAAAUAACAUGUUCUCGAUUGAUUUGUUUCAGUUUUUCUUUAUUAAAGAAAAUUCUAAUUACCAUUUUUUCAUUAAACUAUUAAUAAAACUUUAUACCUUUUCAAAUUUACUGAUUUUAUCCAACAAAACGUAUCAUUUAUACCUGAUAAAAUGUAUUAAGUUUUCAUAUGUUUUUGAUCGUUCUGAUUUAAUUCUACUUUUGUGAUCUUCUCUGUUUAUUUUUGUUCUCUUCCUCUCCUUGUUGUAUAUCUAUCUAUAUUUUUGCAUCAGUAGUGAUUCAACUAACAAAAAGAGACGACUAUGUUUAUCCAGGAACGGACCAUCUCUUUCGAAAAAAGUAAAUUUUUUUUAUAUAAAGUUAAAUAACUUAUAAAGCAUAUAAUAUAAGAUGUGUAUGCUAAUCAAGUGCAAUUUAUUUAUUAUGCGUGAUCCUCUUCGGUACGUCUGAGAGCCAAAGGUAAUCUCAAAGCUUUUUAAAAACUUUGAAAUUCAUUGACGUUGUCCUAUCAAUAAUAUAAUUUGUUAUAUUUUGGGGAAUGUUUACAUCUUUAAAUAUUUUUGUUAGAAUUACAUCUUUUCUGGCUCAAAGCUUAGAGAAGGAAAUCGUAAAUCAUCUAUGUUGUUACAAUGAAACCAAUGAUAAUAAAUCUCAGGUAAUUCAAAUCUCUCUUAUAUUUCAUGGCUGAUUUUUUAUUGGGGUUAUGCGUGAAAUAUUUGUUUUUUCUCAAUUAUAUUUUUCUGAUGUUUUAAGAUUAGUGUUAAAUGUGAUCGUUUUCUAAACGUUCUAAUGUAUUCUUUGUUCAUAUGGACAUAGUAUAAAUAUCAAUAUGUAACAUCGAAUCUUUCAUAUUAGCCAUAUACAUCUAACAUAAGUAUUAUAUAGUUGUAAUAUAUGUAAUUAUCAAUUUAAUAUUAAUGUUAAUGCCCGCACAUGCGUGCGGGCGGUCCACUUAGUUUUACCAUUAAAAAUGAAAAAAUUAAAAAUAUUGUAAUAGGAGGAUAAAUUUUCAAAAUACAUUUUAUAAAGUAAUGUAUAAGCUUCUAUAAAUGACUUAGAACCUCUAAUAAGCCAAUAUAAAUAAUUUUAUAAAUGUAUUUAUAAUUUUAUAAAUGAUUUAUAAACCAUGCAUUGAAUUAUUAGACAUUAAUAGUUUUUAUGAUACUUUAUAUACAAAUAUAAUUCUUUCUAUACGAAUAUAAAAUCAUUAUAUCAUUUCAAAUAAAUAUUUUUGUUUAUUAUUUUAUGUAAUUUAUAAAUAUAUAAAAAAAUUGAUCGCAUUAUUACUCUUUCAUAGUUUCAACAAUUAGUUACCAUAAAUAAUUAUUUCUAAUAUUAUGUAGAUUAUUUGGAAAGUGGUAAUUGAAUUAUCUUUUCCAUUUAGAUAUAAUUAUAAUAAAUAAAAUUAAAAUCAUCGGCCAAUCAAAUUAUAACAAUUUGAAGAGUUCAUUUAUGGUCAACAUGUAAUAAAAAAUCACUUAUGUGACUUCUCAAUCAAUAUAUAGUAGG